CACCCAUCAUCGACAAAGCGGAGUCCUCACCGGUGUAACCUUCCCAACACUAAAUAAGAUCCAUCGGAGGCCACGGGCACAUUUUACAUCGGAUAAGUGUUCGAAAUUCAGAUUAAUGACCGGGCGAUGCGGCUCAGAUAGAGCGGUGGGGCAGAUCCCGCCGCCUGCCCGGCCAAUCGCGGCCCGUCUUGCCUAUGAUGUCAUCGGAGGAGGAGGCCGACUCACACGCGCCCUACUCAGAUAAACUACUAAAGAAACAGAAGCGCGCGAGACAGCGCGUGGACGCCGGUGAACCGCGCAAUUCUUAUUCGACUCUCGCCGCGAACGGACCCGCGCCCGCGCGCGUCGCACACAUGAGUGGCGGACUUUACGGCGCCAUCUUCGAGGGCCGCCAGCACUUCGGGCUGUUCGCUCCUGGCUACCCACAAGUUGAGAUGCUCAAUGAACUGCUCGGGCGCACGCCCAUGCAGGACGACUCUGCUGAAGAAGCGGCCGGUGGAGAUAUAGCGCACCGAGUCUUGCGAGACAUCCUACAAAGCCGCAAGAAGGAGCUGCUGCGACUCUCCCCGGACAACAAUAACGUGCUUGCGAAUAAUAACAACGACGAACCGAAGGAGAAGCGAUCUCCGGAACGACCUUCUUCGAGAGACUCCAGGCCGGACCUCGACGACGCCCUGCUCGCGCUCGACAGCGCCGGGGACUCGCGCACCUCGCCGCCUCCGGCUCCUCCGCCGUCCGAGCCUCUCCUCGCUCCCAAGUCCGAACCGGAGGAUCGUGAUAGUGAUGCUCAGCGUUCCUCGCCGCGACCUCUUGAUGUGAAACGUGCUCGUGUUGAGAACAUUGUGUCGACUAUGCGUGCUAGUCCCGCGCCUCAACAGCCACAAGUGAACGGUUGCAAGAAAAGAAAACUUUAUCACCCUCAGCAACACGACGGUGCAGCGGAACGAUACGGCACCAGCCACGGUAGUAGUGCUCAAACUGUGUCAGACGACUCCGAGGACGACGGUGAGCGACCACCUAUACAACAAAAAUUGGUAGAAAAGAAUGCUUUAAAAUCACAACUUAGAACUAUGCAAGAACAAUUAGCUGAAAUGCAAGAAAAAUAUAUGCAACUCUGCAAUCGAAUGGGACAAGAAUCAGAGACGAUCGACAACGACGGUGCUUCUAGUGACGUAGAACAAAACGACGAUCCUGUGCCCAAAUCAGAACCUUCGUCGCCUGCUAAGGAGGUUCCACCACCAAUACCCAACAGUGCAGCGCCAAAUAUGUUGUCACAAGUUAUGAGUAAAAUGAUGUCGGCAAAAAUGCACGUUCAUGCAGCGGCACACCCGCACCUCCCACCUGGCUUCAAUGGCGCUCUACCUCCGUUAAUGCCUCCACUUCCUCCUAGUGAUCACAUGCACCCUUCUCAUCCACAUCAGCACCUCAAUAAUGCCGCAGCAAUGUAUUUAAAUGUAAGUCAGAAAUUAUUCUUAGAACAAGAAGCACGAAUGAAAGAAGCUGCCGAACAGCAACAUCAACAAAAUAAUCAACAACAGAGGUCACAGUCCAACCAGCCUUCACCACAACAAAGGCAACUUGGUCCUACUCCGAAGCCUCCAUUGUCAUCUGAACUCGCUGAGCGACUCGAUGCCAUAAGGAAUAAUAACGGACCCAUCGGCCCAGUCUCGGGUGCUGAUCUUGAAGGAUUAGCGGAGGUGCUCAAAAGUGAAAUAACUGCUUAUCUGGCUAGCCUAAUAGACUCGAUCGUAACCCGCUUUGUGCAUCAGCGUCGAAUGAUCGGCAAGCAAUCUGAAGCAGCAGCAGCGGCGGCGGAGCAACUUAACAAGGAUCUAUUGCGAGCGACCCGACUGCUCGAGGGCAAAUCGCCGACGCCGAAACAACCAGAGAGACCAUCGGGACAGUUGUCAGGUAACACACCCGUCCACCACCCGGGCGCUCCCAAUGGCGUCCCGUUCAUGACACACAAUCCGAUGUUGAUGAGUCAAAUAAAUGGUCCCCGCGCGCCAGGCGGUGCUGCGUUCCAGCUGCACCCCGAGGCGGGCGGUCCAGGACACGGCACUCACGUGCGGCCUCCGACAGGCAUGUUCCAGACGCCACCGAAACCGCUAGCGAACCUCUACGGGCCGAUGAAUGGCCACUACGAGCGAGAACCGAAUCCGGAACAAAACGAAGCGCUGAGCCUGGUGGUGACGCCUAAGAAGAAGCGGCAUAAGGUGACGGACACGCGCAUCACGCCGAGGACCGUGAGCAGGAUCUUGGGAGAGGGAGUAGGACACUCGCCUGAAAGCAAAUUCCCGGAGUCACCGUCUCCGCGGCCGUACCCGGGUGGGAUGGCGUUGCCUACUUCAGUGGCGAUACCUAAUCCGUCGCUGCACGAGAGCCAAGUGUUCUCGCCGUACUCUCCUUUCUUCGGGGCGGGUGGUGGUCUAGCGCGUUCUCCACCGGCGCCUGAGCGCGAUUCGCCCCCGCUGCCGCACGCGCCGGUGCUACUCCACCCCGCGCUGAUGGCAGCGGCGCACCACACGGCGCACGCGUCACCAGACUACCUUCGACACCACCAUGCGCACGCGCCGCACCACGGAGGAGUCCCGCACCACCCUCAGCACAUGGACACGCAGGAUCCUCAUUCAGACUGCAACUCCACAGACCUGCCUUACGAUGGGAUUCAGCCUACUAUAUCCUUUUCAAAUAGUCUUACUCUAAUAAUGCACUCUUCAACCCUGACGCCCAUGCACCUCCGGAAGGCCAAGCUGAUGUUCUUCUGGGUGCGGUACCCCAGCUCAGCGGUCCUCAAGAUGUACUUCCCCGACAUCAAGUUCAACAAGAACAACACUGCACAGCUCGUCAAGUGGUUCUCAAACUUUAGAGAGUUCUACUACAUCCAGAUGGAGAAGUAUGCCCGGCAGGCGAUCAGCGAGGGUCUGAAGACGGCGGACGACCUCCACGUGGCCGGCGACUCCGAGCUGUACAGGGUGCUCAACCUGCAUUACAACAGGAAUAACCACAUUGAGGUCCCACCAAACUUCAGAUACGUGGUAGAACAGACUUUGCGGGAGUUCUUCCGCGCCAUCCAGGGCGGGAAGGACACGGAGCAGAGCUGGAAGAAGUCCAUCUACAAGGUCAUCUCCCGGCUCGACGACCCCGUCCCAGAAUACUUCAAGUCCCCGAACUUUCUCGAACAACUUGAGUGAGCGCCAAUAACCAACACGCACAAUGUUUCGGCUAGAUAAUCAUUGGACGAAAAUUUCGCACACCAAAAUUUUACGACACUCGCAUUUAGGCCUUCAGAUUCAAAAUUAUUGAUAAAGAAAAAGUUAAAUUAAAUUAUUAAAAUUGAAUUUGUAUGUUGGACGGCGGUUGCCGCAAGCGCUCUACUAGGAAAUUCAUUAGGUUAUACGAGUAAGAGAAAAUUUAAGUCACCUAGAAUUUUAUUUCUGCACAUAAUAUAUUUCGCUAUAUAUAAUUAUUAUUAUAUUAUUAUUAAGUAUUAUCUUAAAAUGGUUUUUAUAGUUGUGUAUAUCGUAAAAUCAUUUAUUGAUUUAUUCUUUAAGGAAAAAAACGAUUAAUAUAUUACUGCUUAAGUUUUGACAUUUCGUUGUUUUUAUUUUUGGUUUUCCUCCCCCCCUUCCGAGCCUGUUUCAGUUGUUCCUCAGGUUUAUUCCUCUUAGUGCUUGAGUUGGAGGCGCACCUCGGUGGCCGAAAAUUGUCAAC